UAAAAAAUAAAAAAUAAAACAGCUACCCCUAUUUACUGAAAAAGGUGGUGGUGUGUGUGAGUUGUGACCCAAAUUAAAACACUACUUUUGCUUCAGUAGUGUUUGGUGUGUGUGUGUUUUUUUUUCUCUGGCUCGAUCUCUCCCCUUUUCCUCUCCAUGUUCCUCAACUACCCUCAUUUAUUUCCCUUCAUUGAUUGCUUGCCUCACUUGAACACCCUGUUGCAAUCCCUCUAAGAGAGAGAGAGAGUGAGAACAUGGAGAAGAAGCUCUAGUUAGUGUUGUGGGUGUGUGGUUUCUUCUUCAAGAGUGAGAAAGAGAGAGAGAGGUACAGGUGGGUGUCUUCAUCUUUAAAGGCCUCAACUAACCCUUCAGAGAGCAUUUAUAUUGGCGCAUCUGAAUGAGUUUAGUAAGAGAGAGAAAAAAAGGGUGCAUGGUGAUGCAUUGUCAAGAAACCAGUCUGGCCACAAUAACUCUUCACUAAACCACUUCACCUAUAAAUCUCUCUUCACCAUUACACUCUUACCCUCAUUAUACUACUACUACUACACUCACUCAUUCAUUCACUCACCUUUCCAUAAACACAACCUUCUUCACUUUGCUUUACUCCUUCAUUCAUUUUCCUCUCAUACUCAAAACUCUGCAUCAAAAUGCUCAUCAUUGUUCACACCACCCAUUCUUGAAAGUUUCGAGUCUUUGAUUAUUGGGGUGGUUAAUAUUGCACUUGCACUAUGGAAACUUGCACGGCUCUAUUGUUUUUAACGGCGAUCACAGCAUACUUGAUAUGGUUCACGUUCAUCUCACGGUCGCUGAAGGGUCCACGUGUCUGGGCCUUAUUGGGCAGUCUCCCAGGCCUCAUAGACAACUGUGACCGCAUGCAUGACUGGAUCUGCGACAACCUACGCGCGUGUGGCGGCACGUACCAGACCUGCAUCUGUGCAAUCCCCUUCCUCGCCAAGAAGCAGGGUCUCGUGACUGUCACGUGCGACCCGAGGAACUUGGAGCACAUACUCAAGACACGCUUCGACAAUUACCCUAAAGGACCCACGUGGCAUGCUGUCUUUCAUGAUCUGUUGGGUGAUGGGAUCUUUAACACCGAUGGUGACACAUGGCUGUUCCAGCGCAAGACAGCUGCGCUGGAAUUUACCACCCGGACGCUGCGCCAAGCCAUGGCCAGGUGGGUGAGUCGAGCCAUCAACCGGCUCUGUCUGAUUCUCGAAAAAGCCGAGAAUCAAGUCGAGCCGGUUGAUCUGCAAGACUUAAUGCUUCGGCUCACUUUUGAUAAUAUUUGUGGGUUGGCUUUCGGGCGAGACCCACAGACUUGUGUGUCAAGUCUGCCCGAUAACCGAUUUGCCACGGCUUUCGAUCGAGCCACUGAAGCCACGCUCCAACGAUUCAUUUUACCUGAGGUAUUGUGGAAGGUGAAAAAAUGGCUUCGGCUUGGGAUGGAAGUCAGCUUGAGCCGAAGCCUUGCCCACGUGGACGACCAUUUGUCAAAUGUGAUUGAGAAACGCAAGGUAGAGUUGUUGACUCAGCAGAAAGAUGGGACUCUUCAUGAUGACUUGUUGACAAGGUUUAUGAGGAAAAAAGAAUCCUAUUCAGACAAGUUUCUCCAACAAGUGGCGUUGAAUUUUAUCCUAGCUGGUCGUGACACCUCAUCGGUGGCAUUAAGUUGGUUUUUUUGGUUGGUGAUUCAGAACCCUAAGGUGGAAGAGAAAAUUCUACGUGAAAUUUGUACAGUCCUGAUGGAGACACGUGGCAAUGAUGACAUGGCAAAGUUGUUUGAUGAGCCUUUGGCCUUUGAGGAAGUUGACCGUUUGGUUUAUCUCAAGGCUGCAUUGUCGGAGACACUAAGGUUGUACCCUUCAGUGCCGGAGGACUCAAAGCAUGUGGUGGCCGACGACGUGCUGCCGGACGGGACAUUCGUGCCGGCGGGUUCGUCGGUCACAUAUUCGAUAUAUUCGGCGGGGAGGUUGAAGUCCACAUGGGGUGAGGAUUGCAUGGAGUUUAGGCCUGAGAGGUGGUUGUCAUUGGAUGGAACAAAGUUCAUCAUGCAUGACUCUUUCAAGUUUGUGGCAUUCAAUGCUGGCCCAAGGAUAUGUUUGGGGAAGGAUUUGGCUUACUUGCAGAUGAAGUCCAUUGCUGCGGCGGUGCUGCUCCGGCACCGCCUUGUGCUGGUGCCUGGACACCAGGUGGAGCAAAAGAUGUCACUCACUCUUUUCAUGAAAAAUGGGCUCAAGGUCAAUGUGCAUGAGAGGGACUUGAGAGGGAUUAUCACAAGUUUAAAAAAAGAAAGGGAGGGAGAUGUUGUUGAUUUGAGAAGUGAUGAAUAAUGUUAGUGACCAGGUGUUCACUAGAUGGAGACAGGUUCAAAUGAGGAGAAUUCAGACACUGGCUGGGGCUUUAGCUUAUAGAACAAGAGAACAGAAGUUCCUCUUAAGAAAAAGGGUAUAUUCAGAGUAUUUAUAAUUCUUAUGAUAAAUUGUGGAUGGAUUCUUUUUCCAGGGUCGUGGGAUGGAUGAUUGCUUUCUCAAUCCAUCUUUCCUUGUAGAAUCCUUGCAAAUAUUCAUUGUAUUCUUUAUUUCUUGUUGGUUUUCAUGUUUCUAUUUAAUUUUACUGGUGGUGAGAACUAAACUCACAUUUCACAAUGUUGAAUGUUGAUGUUCAUAAAAGAAUGCCUUACGUUUUAUGAAAGUAUAAUGAUCGGAUUUUACUCUCCCGCUU